AUGUUGAGGAGAUUUGGGUGUUUAAAUUUAAUUGGAAAUACUAGAAUUACUCCGCUUUCUAAACGCUCAACACGCUUUACGCGGUUUUAUUCGAAUUCACCCGAUACACACGACAGACACGACAGACAUGAGAACAUCUGGACAAUCCCAAACGCUUUAACUGCAUCGAGAAUACUCAGCUGCAUCCCAUUGGGCUAUUCUAUAUGCAACCACGAUUACCACACUGCCACUGCUAUCCUCCUCUACGCAGGCGUAUCAGAUGGUGUUGAUGGCUUCUUAGCAAGGAGAUACAACAUGGGUACCGUCCUUGGGAGUAUUUUAGAUCCUGCUGCUGAUAAGGCUUUAAUGACAACUCUCACUUGCACUCUCACCUACGCCGGAAUGAUACCUUUCCCUUUAGCAUUCAUUAUACUUGGAAGAGAUAUCGGGUUGAGUCUGUCAGCGUUUUACAUACGCUAUGCAUCAUUACCAGAGCCAAAAACAUUGAGCAGAUAUUGGGAUUUUAGUAUUCCAUCAGCUCAAGUAAAUCCAACCAAUAUCAGCAAGUACAACACCUUCUUACAACUCAUCCUCAUGGGCACAACCACUGUUAGUCCACUCAUCGGAUACGAUAUAAGUCUACUCCUCCAGGCCAUCCAGUGGACUUACGCUAUAUAA